AUGUACGGGGAUUUUGGUGCCGGGAUUCCAUUUGAAGGGGACUGCCCGUUGCGAGAUCGUGAGGAUGUCAGCAGAAAUCUAAGUCAUGAGGUUUGCAAAAGCAUAAGCAAUGCAACGCUAACAAAUGAGCGGUGA